AAAGUGAGUUAGAAAAAAGAAAGAAUUAUUGAUCUUUUAGACCAACACAUUAAAAUAAAAUAAAAAUUCCAAUGUUUAUCCUCUUGAAGCCAGGCCAGCUGUCUCAUUCCUUGGUCCUCGCGCCCCCAUCACGAGCGUCCCUCAUAAUUCAUCUCUCAAACACAUUCUCUCUCCUCAUCUUUCUCUCUCCUCUCUCCCCUCUCUCAUCCACAAACCCAACGUUUUGCAGCUGCUGCUGCUCCUGCAGUUGUUGUUGUUGUUGUAGUCCCACCCUUCCCUCCUGUUAUACCCCCCUCACCCCUUCGCCGCCCAAGAUUCUCUUUCCCCCUUUUCCCAAAAAUACAUUUCUUUUUCUUAUUUUUAUUUAAUUAUAUGAUAUUAUUCCUCAAUAUUAGACUCCCAUAAAUUUUAGGUGUAAAAGCAAGAGAGAGAAAAUUACAUAAAAAAUAUCAUUUCUCAUUCUCAUUCUCAAUCUCAAUCCCAAAUUUGUGAGACCACACAAAAUCAACCUGAAAAAUAAAAUAAAAAAAAAUCAUGAAGAGGGAACUCCCCUUUACGAAUCCAGAACCUUCUACCGGCGGUAAACCGCCGGUUUCUGGAAAGUCAAAGAUGUGGGAAGAUCAAAACGACGCCGGAGUUGAUGAGUUGCUUGCCGUUUUGGGGUAUAAGGUCAGGUCAUCAGAUAUGGCGGAAGUUGCUCAGAAACUUGAACAGCUUGAACAAGCUAUGGGAAAUGUUCGAGAAGAUGGUCUUUCUCAAUUAGCUUCUGAAACUGUUCAUUAUAAUCCUUCAGAUCUGUCUACUUGGCUUGAAUCUAUGCUUUCUGAGUUUAAUCCAUCUACUACUUUUGAUGAUGAUUCGUCAAGUCAGAUUCUAUUACCUUCUCCGAUUGGGUCGGUUGUAGAUCCGAUUGUUAACCCGACUCCUCAGAGUUCGGUCCGGUUCAGUUCCGACCCGUAUUCGGAUUAUGAUCUCAAAGCUAUUCCAGGUAAAGCUAUUUUGACUCCACCUUCGCCGUCUACUUCAUCAGCUUUACUUGUCAAUAACAAUAAUAAUAAUAACAAUAAUAGUAGUAGUUGUAAUAGUAUGGUUAGUAAUACUACAAGCAGCUCAAGUUCAAGAGAGGCUAAGAGGUUGAAGGCCUCUAAUUAUACGGCUGCUAGUGCAACCGCUACUGCAACCGUCUCGAACCCGUCCUCAUCGAAGUUAACCGCCAAUUCAGCCGUGUCAAGGCCGGUUGUGGUUGUUGAUUCGCAGGAGAAUGGUGUUAGAUUGGUGCAUACUUUGAUGGCUUGUGCUGAGGCAAUUGAGCAACAGAAUAUGGGAUUAGCUGAAGCGCUGCUAAAACAAAUCGGGUUUUUAGCGGCGUCUCAAGUUGGAUCUAUGAGAAAGGUUGCCACUUAUUUUGCUGAGGCUCUUGCAAGGAGGGUGUAUAAAUUAUGCCCAGAUGUUCCAUAUGAUGGCAAUUUAUCAGAUAUGUUGCAGAUGCACUUUUACGAGACUUGCCCCUAUCUCAAAUUCGCUCAUUUCACGGCGAAUCAGGCGAUUUUGGAGGCUUUUAGUGGCAAAAAGAAGGUUCAUGUUAUUGAUUUCAGUAUGAAAGAAGGGAUGCAAUGGCCAGCUUUGAUGCAAGCGUUGGCGCUUCGCCCUGAAGGCCCGCCGGCUUUUCGAUUAACCGGGAUUGGACCACCAGCACCGGAUAAUUCGGACAGAUUGCAAGAAGUUGGUUGGAAAUUAGCUCAAUUUGCAGAUUCAAUCCAAAUCCAAUUCGAAUACCGUGGGUUUGUGGCCAAUAGCUUGACCGAUUUGGAAUCAGCCCUGCUUGAUCUAAGACCCGAAACCGAAGUUGUCGCGGUUAAUUCAGUUUUCGAGCUGCAUCGUUUGCUAGCUCGCCCCGGCGCAGCCGAAAAGGUGAUGGGUUUAAUGAAGGAGGUGAACCCAGUCAUAGUAACAGUAGUCGAGCAAGAGGCGAAUCACAACGGGUCGGCUUUCCUAGAUCGGUUCAACGAAUCACUCCACUACUACUCAACCCUGUUCGACUCCUUAGAGAGCUGCGUAGACAGCCAGGAUAAGAUGAUGUCUGAAGUAUACUUAGGGAGGCAAAUAUGCAACGUUGUUGCUUGUGAAGGAGUCGACCGAGUCGAACGCCACGAGACACUGGCUCAAUGGAGGAAUCGGUUCGGAACAGCCGGGUUCGCGCCGGUCCAUAUCGGCUCAAACGCAUUCAAACAGGCUAGUGUAUUGCUGGACUACUUUGCAGGCGGUGAUGGGUAUGGUGUGGAGGAAAAUGAUGGGUGUCUAAUGUUGGGGUGGCAUAGUAGGCCACUGAUCACAACCUCAGCUUGGCAACUCGCCAAGAAUAACCAAAACUCGCCAACUCGGCUCUGAGUUGGGUCGAGUCGAGUCAAGUUCGAUUUGGAGUUCGAGUCGAGAUAACUCGGGUGUAAAUCAGGGGAAACAUGACAUGAUGAUAAGAGGGUAAGGAAGAGGUGGUGAGAGUGAAAGGGCGUAAAAACGAGUUAGGUAACUCAGUGGGGGUCCACAACCUAACCACUGCCCAAAUUACAACCUAUCUUUCUCUUUCUUUUUCCUAUUUUCUGAGUCUGAUUGAUGUGCUGAGCUGGUUGUGUUAGUGCGGUUGGGACCCACCACUACUUCUCAAUUCCCAAUUCAGUAGUAGUACUGUCUUUUCUUUUCUUUUCCUUUCUCUCUCCACCUUAGAAAUUCCUCUUCUUUUUUUUUUUUCCUUAUUAUCUUUUGAUAUUUUUUCUUUUUGUUUUUCUUUUUUGUGUUUAAGGAGGGUACUUGUAAGUUUUUUCUGUGAGGGUGAAAUUUAGAGGUGAAAAAGUUGUAUUUAUAAUGGCCUUUUCCGUUCUCUUAAUAAAAAGAAGGCAACAUUUUCAAA